UUAAACUAACCUAAUAACCUAUUCUCUUAUACAAGCAAAAUAAGAAAUUAUGGCCAAUUUUAACAGUCUUAAAACUAUUUGUAAAUAUUUAACUAAUUUUACUAUUAGUAAUUCAAAAAUAUUAAAUACUUCACUAUGUAGAAGAAACAUAGCUACUACAAGUGUAAAAUAUGACUUGAUGGAAUUUUUUGAUGAUAAAAAAAAUUGGGGAGCGCAAGAAGUUAAAAGUGGUCGUUCAUGGAAGAAAGAAGAACUAAGACUUAAAUCCAAUAGUGAUUUACACAAGCUGUGGUAUGUUCUUCUCAAGGAACGCAAUAUGUUGCUAACAAUGGAACAAGAGGCAAAUGAUAAAAUCAAAUUAUUUCCAAGUCCAGAACGUAUUGACAAGGUCGAGGAAUCUAUGGAAAAUUUAGAAUCUGUGGUAAGGGAGCGAAAUAUAGCUUAUCAUGAAUUGGAGACUGGAGAGACUGGUGAAAGACCAGGAAAAGUUGAAACAAAUGCAUUUGGGUUAACAUACUAUCACAAAAUGUGUGAAUAUAUAAUGCCAAAACAUAUGAAUAAAAAGUGGCAUGAAAAAUAUAAAUUUUAUAAAAAUAUGUAUGACAGGGAUACUGAACAGUUCCUGUUGAAAUAUAGAGAGAAAUUAUAUUUACAGAAAAGAAGGAAGCGAACGAGAGAUUUUAAUCACGUAAUUGGAUUAUUAAAUAGAUUCCCUGACAUGGAUAUGGAGGCUGUAAAAGAACAAUAUCCUGAUGUAGAUAUUGAAAAAGCCAAAGCAAGUCGCAAAUAUGGUGGACAUUUCGUACCAAAAUGAAUGUACAUUUAAAGUGAUUAAAUAUUUUUUAAUGGU